AAUUAGAGGAUGUGAAACCUACUUCAGCCCGUGAGAAACAGGUGAAGCAUUAAACCUCUGAGAGCCACGAGAGCUCAGACUUCAAACAAGGCAACGCUGAGGAGAAGGAUGACGGACGUAGAGAGCCAAAAAAUUCAGAGUGACCCCAGCCAUGCAACGACAGCACCAAUUUAUCCUCCCCCUCCAUACAUGCCCCCUCCUUAUCCUACGGGCCCUGUCAUGUACCCCCAACCUGUUCCUGCACAAGUUGGCUUUAUCCCACCUGAUCUGCCACCGGAAGAGGCAGGCGUCAGCAAAACGGAAGACCCAAACCCGACAGAUGUAUCUCCCCCUGAGGAACAUCAGCCGUUCUUGUCAUCAUUUGAGGAUGACACCAUUCGGAAAGCGUUCAUCAGAAAGGUGUUCAGUGUGGUAACGAUUCAGUUACUAGUAACGUUCACUGUAGUCUGUGUGUUCACCUUCUCAAAAACAGUCAAGACUGCAGUUCAGGGUAACAUCUGGGUGUACCUCAGUUCAUACAUUAUCUUUGCAGUGGUGGCCAUGUGUCUUGCCGUGUGCUCCACAUUCAGUCGCACACAUCCUUGGAACCUGUUGGGACUGUCAGUGGUCACACUGAGUCUGUCCUACAUGGUGGGAACUGUAGCCUCAUAUCACAACACAGAAGCUGUGGUGAUCGCUUUAGGAUCAACUGUGGUCAUCUCAUUCGCCAUCAUCAUCUUUUCUGCCCAGACUCGUUUGGACUUCACCAUUUGUAACGGCAUUCUGCUUAUACUGGCCGUCAACUUACUCAUGUUUGGAUUCUUCAGCAUCUUUUUCUACUCCCGUGUUCUGCAGAUUCUCUACGGAUGUCUGGGAGCCCUUCUUUACGCUUUGUUCCUGGCAGUGGACUGUCAGUUGGUGAUGGGGAGGCAAAAAUACAGCCUUAAUCCUGAAGAGUAUGUCUUCGCUGCCUUAAUUAUCUACCUGGAUAUCAUUAUGAUAUUCCUCUACAUACUUAUGAUUAUGGGCGGAGGCUCCAAAAAUUAAACCCACACAUGCACACCUGAAAUUUAACCUUUCGACCUCAAAUAUUCUCACGUCACAUGUCCGUUUUUUCCCCCUUUACUGUUCAUUGAUCUUGCUACUUGUAUCUGGUUGUUUCUAUUUGUUCAAGUUUCACUUUUUUUCUUUUCAGCAGAUAAUCUUUUUGUUUCCAUUUGUUGAUCACAAUAACUUGUUUUAAGUCUGCUAAAUGACUUGAAUCUUAAAGACUUCUACUAUGGUGACAAACACCCUAAUGAUGUGAAUCAUGAAAUACUUUAACAUGUAUACGCCCCUGUAAUAAUAUGACUGCUUUCUUAUUUAUGCUUUUGUCAACAAA